CACGAGGGGACAACCCCCACUGGGGACCCCCAGGCUCAGUGCUAUCCACCCUUCUGUCCUGCGUCCCCCAACCCCUCUGCCUCCCAGGCAGUGGGUCUGAGGGUGACCCCAUCUACCCCAUAGCACCACCCCACACUUGGGACCGCAGCGGGACCCACCCCUGGAGGGGACAAACCCCAUUGGAGACCCCCGGGAUCGGUGUCUGCCACCCCGCACUUGGGGUCAUGAUGGGACCCCCACGAGGGGACAAACCCCUUUGGGGCCCCCUAGGACCGGUGACACCCACCCCCUCCUUGCCCCGCAGUGGGGCAGGGGUGUCUCCAUCCAUCCGCCCCACAGCACCACCCGGCUCCUGGAGCCACAGUGGGACCCCGCGACAGGACCAGCCCCACUGCGGAGCCCCAGGAUCAGCGUCCCCUGCCCCACAGCACCACCCCACACAUGGGGCCGUGGCGGGACACCAAGAGGGGACACAACCCCAUUGGGGACCCCCACAAUGAGUGCCCCCUGCCCCAUAGAGCCUACGUUCCCCUACCUCUCCCUGCCCAGCCGUGGGUCUGGGGGUUUUCCUCCCCACCCCAUGGCACCACCCCGUGCCUGGAGCCAUUGUGGGACCCCCUGGAAGGGACAAACCCCACUGAGGACCUCCAGGAUCAGUGUCCCCCAUCCCACAGCACCACCCCACUUCUGGGGCUGUGACUGGACCCCGCAAAGGGAGAAACCCCACUGGGAACCCCCAUGAUUGACAUCCCCCACCCCACAGAUCCCAAGGCCCGUGGGCAGGGGAACCCACGAACAAACCAACCCCAUUGGGAAAACCCCAUGGUCGAUGUCCCCCGCCCCGCAGCUCCACCCCGCAACCGGAGCCGUGAUGGGGCACCAGGAGGGGCCGAACCCCACUGAGGACCCCGUGCUCGGUCCCCCCCGCCCCACAGACCCCGAGGCCGUUGGGUAGGGCCCUUCCUGCCGCAGGAACCCGCCGCAUCCCGUCCGCCGCCAUCGCCCCAUCCCUCCCUCCCGGGGAGGAGGAAAUAGGUUGGGCCACGGGGCCCCAACGCGGGGCGAGCCGGGACGGGCCCCGUUGUGCCCUAUAGGGCCGCCAUGGAGGCGGAGGAGGUCUACGUGCUGGUGGAAUAUGGCUUCGAGUACCGCACCAAGGACGGCACCGUGGUCUCCAUCCACCCCAACGAGCGCUACGUGCUGCUGGGGCGCACCAACGAGCACUGGUGGCACGUCCGGAGGAGCGGGGACGCGCGGCCCUUCUACGUCCCCGCGCAGUACGUCAAGGAGCUGCCCCCCAUGGCCGCCCCACAGCCGCUGUACCCCGAGGAGAUGGGAUCGGACUUGGAAUCCUACGGGUACCCCCGGUUACGAGCGGACCCCCGCCCCGCUGAGACCUCCAAGGGACGACGGCGGGAGGCGCAGGAGCGCCGGGAGCCGGAGGAGCCCUCUGCCCACAUCUACCUCAACCUCCAGGAGCUGCAGCGGGAGGCCGCAGCCAGCGGCACGGCCCCGCAGCCCCACAGCCCACAGCCCCACAGCCCGCCCCACAGCGCCGACUGGGAGACCCACCGCGACGCGGAGUCGGGACAUUUGUUUUAUUACAACCCCAGCACCGGGGAGACGACGUGGGACUGCCCCUUUGAGCAGGACCGGGACACAGCGAGCCCCGGAGCGUCACCCCCGGCCUGGGGACAGCGCACGGAGUGGGGCGGCGGGCGGGCGCUCCCCCAUAACUCGGUGACGGGUGAGGGGGCGUGGGACCCCCACGGCGUGGGAGACGACCCCCGGGAUGCGGAGCUGGGGCUGAUGCCGUACAGCCCCAUGGAGCACAGGCCGCCCACCCCAGAAGCGGAUUACCCCGAGCUGUCCCCGGACGAGCUGGAGGCGUACCCCGAGGAGGACUACUCACCCCCGGGGUCCUGCCCCUACCAGUGGGGGGCUGUGCCCUACCCACCCCCCCGGCGGCACCAGGAGCUCGCCAUGUCCCCGCGGUGGUAUGGGCACGGCCCCCCCACGGACCAUGAGCAGUUCAGCACUGAGACGGUCCUGGCAGGUGGCCUCCACCAGCGGGCCAGCAGCAGCUCCAGCCAGGACAGUGCGUUAUUCGGCACGCCGGCAUCACCAGGGCUCCGUGAGGAGAAGCUCAAAAGCCUCGACAAGGCCGGCGUGCUCAACAGGACCAAGACGAUGGACAGAGGGAAGCGGAUACGGAAAAACUGGAGCUCGUCCUGGACGGUGCUGGAGGGUGGGAUCCUGACCUUCUUCAAGGACUCCAAGCACUCAUCCGCCGGUGCUCUGCGGCACCCCACCACGCUGACCACCCCCGAGCACACGGUGGAGCUGCGCGGAGCCGCCGUGAGCUGGGCCAGCAAGGAGAAAUCCAGCAAGAAGCACGUCCUGGAGCUGAGGACGCGGGAGGGCUCCGAGUUCCUCAUCCAGCACGACUCGGAGCAGAUCGUCGCCACGUGGCACCGCGCCAUCGCCGACAGCAUCGCGCGGAUGGGCUCCGAUGUCACCACCGAGGAGGACGCCGAGAGCGGCACGGAGUUCGGCUCGCGGGAGAAGCUGGGCGCAGCCGCUCCGGGUGACGGUGACUCCAGCAAAGUGCGCAACAAACUGCGCAAAUUCCUCCAGCGCCGGCCGACGCUGCAGUCCCUGCGUGAGCGCGGUUACAUCAAAGAUCAGGUUUUCGGGUGCUCGCUGCAAGCGCUGUGCGAGCGGGAGCAUGGCACGGUGCCGCGGUUUGUCCAGCAGUGCAUCCACAGCGUGGAGAGGAGAGGGUUGGACAUAGACGGGCUCUACCGGGUCAGCGGCAACCUGGCCACCAUCCAGAAGCUGCGCUACAAAGUGGACCACGAGGAGCACCUGGACCUGGACGACGGGCGCUGGGAGGACGUCCACGUCAUCACGGGUGCCCUGAAGCUGUUCUUCCGCGAACUGCCGGAGCCGCUCGUCCCCUUCGCCCACUUCGACAAGUUCAUCGCCGCCAUCAAGAUGCAGGACCCGGUGCGGAGGGGACGCUGCGUCCGUGACCUCGUGCGCUCGCUGCCGCCCGCCAACCACGACACCAUGAAGGUCCUCUUCGGGCACCUCUGCAGGGUGAUCGAGUUCAAGGAGGAGAACCGCAUGUCGGUGCAGAGCGUCGCCAUCGUCUUCGGCCCCACGCUGCUGCGGGCGCCGAGCGAGGAGGGCAGCAUGGCCGUGCACAUGGUGUUCCAGAACCAGGUGGUGGAGCUCAUCCUCAACCAGUACGGACACAUCUUCCCCGAGGGGUAGCGCGUGACAUGGGGACACCGCGGGGACACCAUGGGGACAUCGUGGCGACACUGCGGGGACAUCGCGGGGACACCAUGGGGACACCAUGAGGAUCCCACGGGGACAUCACAGGGACACCGUGGGAACACCAUAGGAACGCCAUCGCGACACCAUGAGGACACCACGGUGACACUGCAGGGACAUCAUGGGGACACCAUGGGGACACCGUGAGGACACCAUGAGGAUCCCAUGGGGACAUCACAGGGACGCCAUGGGGACGCCAUGGAGAUACCAUAAGGACUCAGGGACAUCAGACUGUGGGUGACAGCGCUGACACCUGAAGGUGGCACGAGGGGUGGGGACACCGCUGGGGACGGUGACACGGACCCUCUGGGGAUGGGACACCCGGGAUGGGGCGCGGAGAUACGUGACCGGGAGCGGUGCUCCUCAAUAAAGAGACCGUAAGGACA